GAUCUUUCAGUGUCACUGGGAACAAAUAAGAUCUUCUUGGAACACUGUUAGGAUUCCAGAGAGGACCUUUGGCUGCUGCUUCUCCUAACAAAAGGUGAAUAUUGGCGCAUCCGAAAAAGCAAACAUCAAUACGCUGGAUCUAUUUAAUGGACUAAGCAUUCAUGAGUUGUAUGAUAUUAUCUAUUAUUCCCAUAAUCUUUUAAUAUUUUCGUAAUAGAAAGUCCAAAUUACCCUAGAUUUUUGGCAAUAUUGGUUUAUCAAAUCAAAGAAAGUAAAGCUUUUGAAAAGUUUACCUUAGCAAAAAAUAAAAAACGUAAAGCUUUCGAAGCUUAGGGGAGUAAUUUCUAGCCUAUGAGAAGUAAUAAUAAACACACAUUGAUAGUUAUUAUAAGUAACUUUUAAUGAUUGCACCUUUAUUGCAGAGCCCUGCGGCGAUACAACAUUUAAUUGAACCACUGAUAAUUAAAAUUACAGUAAUGGUAAAUGCUAUGACUUCCUGCAUAAUAUAAGCUGGGGUCAACGAGAGUGAACUUAAUUCUUCAAAAAACAACAAGGAUUGUGGUGGAGUAGUAAGUACUCCAUCCUUAAUCGGAGGUUUUGGGUUUGAGCCCUGAGUAUUGAGUCACUUUUGUUAGGGAGCGCACUCAAAUGUGAGACUUCCUGGCGCGAGUUUUUAUAUAAUCAAGCUCCAACACGGAUACCGGAUACGAGGUGGGAAACCAAAAAAAAAUUCCUAAAAAGAAAAGGGAAGUAUAUAGAAUAGGAUUGAAUCAAUUUAACCCAGAUGAUUUAAACACUAAACAUUGAUUAUCUUGUACUUUUGUCAACUUUUUUAACUGUUGGAACCUAUAUAGACUACAACAACAACAACAUACCCAGUUUAGUCCUACAAGUGAGGUCCGGGGAGGAUAGUAUGUCCGCAGACCUUAUCCCUACCUUGGUAGGUAGAGAGGCUGUUUCCGACUCUCCGCUCAAGGACCUAAAAUAUAAACUAUAUGUUGUAUAUUCUGAUCAAAAUAAUACUCUGUUUUGAUUAUGCAUAGUUGUACAAUUUGGUUCAAUUAACAUGUCUCUGAUACUGAAGGUAAGAUUUGGAUUUUGUGUCUUAGGCUUGCAACUAUGUGGUUCCAAAGUCGUGGAGUAGGGACUCAUAAUAUAUUUUUAGGCCAAAGUGUGAUGAAUGUGAUAGUCGUAAAACAUCUAAUUUAUCUCUGAAGGGAUAUGACAACCUGAUCUCUGCUGCGGAAGUGUUUUUCCUUUUCUCUCCUUAGCCUUUAAAAAAGCAUCGUAUCAAUGAAGCGAAACGUCUAAAUUCAUUUUUUCUACAGGAAGUGCAGUUACAUUUUAUCCUUCCUUCAUAAUAUGUUACCUAAUCCUCUGCCAUGCUCUUUUGUCCUUCGACUCUCUUAACUCUAAAGCUAAUCUUUCCAGUUGAAAAGAAUAUGGCAAAAUGAAACUUGAGAGUAUGUAUCCUUUAACUUAACUGUAGUUACUGGUUUAAUAGAAAGUAACAUGUUGAAGUGUAAGGAGCAAGUAUGUUUCUCCAAAAUAUAGCUUUCCUGAUUUCUUAUAUCCCAAAAUUAUCAUUAAGCUACUAGCAAAACAAUUGGCCAGAAAAUGAAUCCGGAGUGAUUGCCUGUGCAAACUAAAUGGAAGACAAUUGGCAAGAAACCGAAUGGGGAGUCAUUAUCUUUGUACAUUUUAUUUAAAUUCCUCAGUUUAAGGGCAUGAUUCAGUGCCUGAUUGUUUAGCUAACGAAGUCUAGUGCAAUGGACAUAUAUGAUAUAACUGAAUUGUUUUACCAUUUAGUUCUUGCAUCUGCAUCCAGUUCUGUGAGGAGGAUCCUGGUGACCUGGAGCUUGAUAUGUCAUCUAUUUCCUCUUCACCACAAGCUGAAGAGCCAUCAAGUCCAACAACCUUUUCUCCAACUGCUAGUCUCUGGUUAUCAUGAGGCAAGUCAAGCGGCUUCACCUCAGAAGGAUUCCUAUGGGAUACAUUCCUAUCAGAAAGACCACAUGUUCAAAGUUGUUGAAGAUUGGCCACCAAAACUAAGCAUUUUGGAAUUCGUAUCUUUACGGUUAAUAUCAACAAGAAACAUUCAAUUGAAGAACGAGAUGGAAGACAAACAUGCAAGGUCUGAUAAAAGGUGGUCAAAAUCGCUCACGCCUGACACCACAAUGGAAACAGGGCCCUUCUCUAGCCAUAAGAUCUGCUUGUCUGAGGAUUCAGGUUUAAAUCAGGUUUGA